GUAAAGAUCAUUCAUCACAACUUUUUUUUUUUCUUCUGCAGAAAAUAUCAAAAUGUUUGUGCUACUAUUUCUUAUCUUGUUGAACACGGCAGUUUCUCAGAGUGAAAGAGGAGAGUUCGGCUUCAAUGGUUACUUGUACGACAGCUCUGGAACUGCCAAUCUCGACUCCAAUGGCUUAAUGGAGCUGACAAACUCGUCACAACUUACAACUGGUCAGGUUUUCUACAACUUCCCUGUUCCGUUCAAGGACUCACCUAACGGUACCGUUUCGUCCUUCUCCACUACUUUUGUUUUCGCUAUAGUUUCGAAGAAUUCAACACGCGGCGGCCAUGGAAUCGCUUUUGCCAUUUCUCCUACCAAAGGCUUGCCAUAUAGCGAUGCCACACAGUAUCUAGGGCUCUUUAAUGUUACAACCCAAGGAAGAUCCUCAAAUCAUGUUGUAGCAGUUGAGUUUGAUACAAUCCAGAGCGCUGAGUUCGAUGACAUGGAUGAUAACCAUGUUGGUAUCGACAUCAAUAGUUUAUUUUCAGAGAAAGCAGCUUCAGCUGGUUAUUACAAAGAAGAUGGUACUUUCAAAAACAUCUCUCUUAAAAGUAGUAAACCGAUACAAGCCUGGGUUGAAUAUGACUCAUCAAGGAAACAACUCAAUAUCACUCUUCAUCCUCUUCAUGUCGCUAAGCCAAAGACUCCAUUGCUUUCUUUAACCAAAGAUCUAUCACCAUAUCUCCUGGAGUCGAUGUACGUUGGCUUCACUUCAUCCACAGGCUCCCUUCUUUCAUCUCAUUAUAUUCUUGGUUGGACCUUCAAGCUCAAUGGGAAAGCUUCAGACAUAGACCCAUCUCGUCUUCCUAAACUUCCCAGUGAAAAUGACUCUAGUACUAGUAGUCUAAAAAGGAUCUUGGCUAUCAGUUUGAGUAUGACCGGCCUUGCAGUCCUCAUCUUCUUGACCAUAAGUUUCAUGCUUCUCAUGAAAAGAAAGAAGUUAAUGGAAGUUCUUGAAGACUGGGAGGUUCAGUUUGGUCCACAUAGAUUCGCUUACAAGGAUCUCUACAUUGCCACAAAGGGUUUCAAGAACAGCGAGCUUCUUGGUAAAGGAGGGUUUGGAAAAGUCUACAAAGGUACACUAUUGUCAUCUAACCUAGACAUCGCCGUGAAGAAAGUUUCUCAUGAUUCAAGACAAGGAAUGAGAGAGUUUAUCGCCGAGAUCGCCACCAUUGGCCGUCUCAGACAUCCUAACUUAGUUCGGCUUCUUGGCUACUGCAGACGCAAGGGGGAACUCUAUUUGGUCUACGAUUGUAUGCCCAAAGGCAGCCUUGAUAAGUUUCUCUACCACCAACCGGAACAGAAUCUUGACUGGUCUCAAAGAUUCAAGAUCAUCAAAGAUGUAGCUUCUGGUCUCUUCUAUCUACACCAACAAUGGGUUCAAGUCAUCAUUCACAGGGACAUUAAGCCAGCAAACAUCCUUCUCGAUGAAUCUAUGAACGCAAAGCUUGGUGAUUUUGGUCUCGCCAAGCUUUGUGAACACGGUAUCGAUCCGCAAACCUCUAACGUGGCUGGCACGUUUGGGUAUAUCUCACCGGAGCUCUCGAGAACAGGGAAGGCUAGCACAAGCUCUGAUGUAUUCGCCUUUGGGGUAUUCAUGUUGGAGAUUACUUGCGGGAGAAGACCCGUCUUGCCACGAGCGUCUUCGGCGAGCGAGAUGGUUCUUACUGAUUGGGUGCUAGAUUGUUGGGAAGAUGACAUAUUGCAAGUGGUUGAUGAGAGGGUGAAGCGUGAUGAUAAGUACCUUGAGGAGCAAGUAACAAUGGUUCUCAAGCUGGGCUUGCUCUGUUCGCAUCCUGUUGCAGCCAUGAGACCGAGCAUGUCCAGCGUCAUCCAGUUCUUGGACGGUGUGGCUCAGCUACCUCAUAACUUGCUUGAUGUUGUGAAAGCUCGAGAAAACGUUGGAGCCGCUGAAGCAACCCAGUCUCUUGCGCAGCCUAGUUCCAUCGCUACGGUUACAUUUACGGAGUCAUUUGUAUCACACGGACGCUGAAAGAUCAAACACACAGGACCAUCUUCUUUCUUCUCGUCUAAUAAAGUAAAUCUCGAUAUGUCAAAAGAAACUGCUGCAUCUAAAGUUCUAAAUAAUGUGUGUUGCAAGACUA